GAGAGAGAGGCGCUAUUCACACAUCUCCACUUGCGCAGCAGUUGGUGGUGCAAGAUCCCUUUUUUGAGAUACUUCUCCCCUCUUUUCCUUUGACCGUUUGUUGUUUCCUAUACGCUUUUUGUUGUGUGUGUCCCUCGGCCUCAUUUCUCUAUGUUGUGUUUGAUGUAUGAUCGAAGAAGUUGUCCUGUUGUGGGGGGGCAUGGAGAUUGUAAAAGUUUAAGGAAGUUCUCUAGCUCUUGUAAUCAAACAGACGGAGAUGCAAUAAAACCCCGCCACCCCGCAUUCAUCGGACGGUCAGAAAAGAUCUUAACGUUCUAAUCGUUGACAAAGUUCAGAUUUUUCUACCCGCUUUUCUUUUAACUAGUCCUUCUCUUAUUAAACCCUGGAAGGGUUUGGUAUCUUUCCUUUGAUGGCGAGAAGAUUUUUCUUCGGGAAGAUAUAAGCCCCCUCUCCUCUUCCGAGAGGACAGUCUCAUUUUUGCCACCUUAUCUCUUGCGCUCCAUCUUUCUUUCUCCCACUCCUCUUGAAUUCCAAAAGCUUUGGAGAUUUUUGGGGAGAGAGAGAGAGAGAGAGAUGGAGGCGGUUAUACAGACCAAAGGCCUUCUCUCACUACCCUCAAAUCCCAGAAACAGGUUUUUGAAUCCAUCUCAGAGCCUCAGGCAGAGAGUUUUGUCCAUCAAACCCAACAAUCUCUCCGCCUUUCCUCUAUCCACAAAUGGGUUUCAGAAAUUCAAUGGUGUCAUCUCAAGACCUGGUGAAAUUUACCAGAAAAACAGGACCUUUCACAUCUGCAAGGCUGAGGCAGCAGCUGCAGGUGCCGAUGGUCAGCCUGUUUUUGGUGAGGCAGAGAAGCCCAAGUUUCUGGGCAUAGAGCCUGUCACCUUCAAGAAGAUUGUCCCUCUAGGGUUGAUGUUCUUUUGCAUUCUCUUCAACUACACGAUUCUCAGGGACACAAAGGAUGUGUUGGUGGUGACUGCCAAAGGGAGCAGUGCAGAAAUCAUACCUUUCCUCAAGACUUGGGUGAAUUUGCCCAUGGCUGUCGGGUUCAUGUUGUGGUACACCAAAUUGUCUAAUAUUCUUUCCAAGGAAGCCCUCUUUUAUUCAGUGAUUGUUCCCUUCAUUGCCUUCUUUGGGGCAUUUGGGUUUGUUCUGUACCCUCUCAGCAACUACAUCCACCCUCAAGCCUUUGCAGACAAGCUUCUUGAUACGUUGGGUCCUCGGUUUCUUGGACCUCUUGCAAUCAUGAGAAUCUGGAGCUUCUGCUUGUUUUAUGUUAUGGCUGAGCUGUGGGGAAGUGUGGUGAUUUCUGUGCUGUUUUGGGGAUUUGCCAAUCAGAUAACCACUGUUGAAGAAGCCAAGAAAUUCUACCCUCUGUUUGGACUCGGGGCCAAUGUUGCUCUUGUUUUCUCUGGACGAACAGUGAAGUAUUUCUCGAAUAUGAGAAAGAAUUUAGGUCCUGGAGUCGAUGGCUGGGCUAUCUCCUUGAAAGCUAUGAUGACAAUCGUGGUGGUAAUGGGGCUUGCAAUUUGUGGCCUAUACUGGUGGGUGAACACUUUUGUUCCUCUUCCAACGCGUAGCAAGAAGAAGAAGGAGAAGCCCAAGAUGGGAACAAUGGAGAGCGUGAAGUUCUUGGCAUCUUCAAGAUACAUCCGAGAUCUCGCUACAUUAGUGGUUGCUUAUGGUAUUAGCAUCAAUCUCGUCGAAGUAACGUGGAAAUCGAAGCUCAAAGCGCAGUUUCCCAGUCCAAAUGAAUAUUCUUCCUUCAUGGGCGAUUUCUCGUCUGCAACCGGCAUAAUGACCUUCUCCAUGAUGUUGCUUAGCCAAUAUAUAUUCAACAAAUAUGGAUGGGGAGUCGCAGCCAAGAUCACACCGACCGUCCUGCUUCUGACAGGAAUUGGAUUCUUUUCUCUGAUAUUGUUUGGCGAUCCGCUUGCCCCUGCUCUAGCUAAGUUUGGGAUGACCCCUCUUCUGGCCGCUGUAUACGUGGGUGCCCUGCAAAAUAUUUUUAGCAAGAGCGCCAAGUACAGCUUAUUUGACCCUUGCAAAGAAAUGGCAUACAUUCCCCUCGAUGAAGACACUAAGGUUAAAGGUAAAGCAGCCAUUGACGUCGUCUGUAACCCUCUGGGCAAGUCUGGCGGUGCUUUGAUCCAGCAAUUUAUGAUCCUAACAUUCGGAUCGCUCGCAAAUUCGACUCCUUACUUGGGAGGAAUUCUUUUGGUGAUUGUUCUUGCGUGGUUAGCCGCAGCUAGGUCUCUCGAGACCCAGUUCAAUGCCUUGCGCCAAGAGGAAGAGCUCGAAAAGGCGAUGGAGAGAGAGGAAGUUAAGAUACCGGUCGUGCCGCGAACAGAAAGCGGGAAUGGCUCUUUGGCAUCUGGCUCAGCUUUGAAUCCUGCCCCCGGCGACUCAACAAGCAGUUCAUCUGAGACUUCGACACCUCGCAAUUAAUUCAUGUUUCCUUCGGUCACUAUCCAAUGAAAGUGAUGCUGAGGCGAUGUUUGCUGGCUGUAGGAUUUGUUUCUCUUAUAGAAAUAAAUGGGUACACUCAAGCGGCUCUCUUUCUGGCUCAGAGACUGCUGUUGUACUUGAAAAUUAUAAAAGCUUCUGCUAGACGAAGGUCAUUGUAUCAUAAGAGAAUUUUUUCGUGAUGACCAUGUGAAUGAAAAGAUCUGCCCUUUCUGUAGUAGCUAUGUGGAUU